GGCUUAAUCGUUUAGCAUGGAAGCAAAAAGCGUUUUGACAGCUCGGCAGACAGCUAACAUCCAGCGGAGGGAGAGCUUCCUGCCUGAAAAUCCUUCUUUUUACAGGGUUAGUGAACUGUUUCUGUUCUUCAGCUCCUUUCAAAUCCACCAUGACAUCUCCUCUGGACGACAGCGAUAAGGAUAAGAUGCGCUCCGUGUCCGUGGAUCUGAACAACGAUGCCUCUCUUCUCAUCGACAUUCCCGACGCUCUCUGUGAACGGGACAAAGUCAAGUUCACUGUCCACACCAAGACCACACUAAACUGUUUCCAGAAGCCGGAGUUCUCCGUCCCCAGGCAGCACGAAGACUUCAUCUGGUUACACGACACCCUGGUCGAGACAGAAGACUACGCAGGACUGAUAAUUCCUCCAGCGCCCCCGAAGCCUGACUUUGAGAGCCCGAGAGAGAAGAUGCACAAACUGGGUGAAGGUGAAGCGACUAUGACAAAGGAGGAGUACACGAAAAUGAAGCAGGAGCUGGAGGCUGAAUACCUGGCUGUGUUCAAGAAGACGGUCCAAGUGCACGAAGUCUUCCUGCAGAGACUGUCCUCUCACCCCAAUCUCAGCAAGGACAGAAACUUCCAGAUUUUCUUAGAGUAUGACCAGGAUCUCACCGUGAGGAGAAAGAACGCCAAGGAGAUGUUUGGAGGCUUCUUUAAGAACAUGGUGAAGACAGCUGAUGAGGUCCUCAUCUCAGGGAUAAAGGAAGUGGAUGAGUUCUUUGAGCAGGAGAAGACGUUCCUGCUCGACUAUUCCAGCAAGAUUAAAGAUUCCACCGCCAAAGCAGAGAAGAUGACACGUGCACAUAAAAAUAUUGCUGAUGAUUACAUCCACGUCUCUGCGACUCUGAACAGCCUCUCUGCUGACGACAGCACAGCAAACAAGAAGCACCUGGAGAAGUUGGCCGACCUGUUUGAGAAGCUCAGAAAAGUGGAGGGGAGAGUAGCGUCUGACCAGGAGCUGAAACUCACAGAGCUGCUGAGAUACUACAUGAGAGACAUCCAGGCUGCCAAGGACCUUCUGUACCGGCGAGCCCGGGCGUUAGCCGACUACGAGAACUCUAACAAGGCUUUGGAUAAAGCUCGACUGAAGAGUAAAGACAUCCCACAGGCGGAGGAGCAUCAGCAGCACUGCCUGCAGAAAUUUGACAAGCUCUCCGAGUCUGGGAAGAAAGAGCUGACCAGUUUUAAAGGCAGGCGUGUCGUGGCCUUCAGGAAGAACCUCAUAGAGAUGGCUGAGCUGGAGAUAAAACACGCCAAGAACAAUGUGACUCUAUUGCAGGGAUGCAUCGACCUCUUCAAGAGCAACUGACACGCUUCGCAGUAUUCCUGUCCAACCAUCACCAAGUGACCAGUCAAAGCAAAUGGAAAUCUGGCGUCCCCCCGGGGCUUUGCACAGACAUGAAUCCAAGCCCUCUCUCUGCUCCCACCUUCGGGUCUGACGCCACUUUAAAAAAAAAACCCUGCACAAGAACAAAGUGUCUUGUAAGCAGAAUGUCUUCAUGUUUACAGAGUCCCUGCGGUCCAUCUUUUUCCAUUAUGUGUGGAGGUCUGACAGUAAACGCCUUUUAAAGAAUGAGGCUGCCAACGUUAAGGACUUCCAUUACUUUGCAGCACACAAAGAGGCAGCGUACAUUUAUUCAUUUCUUACUUUUUACAUGAAAAAAGAAAAUUUCCUUCCUGGUCAUAUUUCAGCCUCCAUAAAAAACUGACUCAGACGUUUUCUUUCAUGCACGCUCAUAAAUACCUACGCUUUCAUUUUUUUGUUUUAAAGCUGUAACUAAUGCUUAAUCCUCUGCAGCUCUCUGUGUUAGCUCAUGAAACAGUUUACAGAAGCAAAUCUAGUGCCUGUAAAAACAUCCAACCAAACAAACCUUCAAGAACUGAAAGAUCUGAUCCCAGAGUUUAAAAAUAGACGCACUUCACCUCAGGAAUGGACCGUCGGAUCCGCCUCCACAUUCUUGUAUGUAAGAGCGUGGCCUCGGAUCCCUCAGAUAUCAGACGCACCAUAGUUUAGUGAGUUCAGAUGAGUCUUUAAAGAUUUCAGCGAGAGAUUGCAAAGGAAGGGAAAGUGAAAUAAAAAGAUAUUCAGCAUUUUCAAAGGGAAUUUAAUGUUAGUUCUAGUUUUAUUUGCACAACCCGCCCCCCAUCAUGACACCCCUGCACUUCGUGUUUAAGGUCCUCUGCAGCUUCUUCUUCACCGGUCAAACUCUUCCUCUCUUCACUUUGCUUUUUCUUCUUCUUUAUUUCGUCCCCUCUGUUACUGACGGGGUCUCUCAUUUAUCACACCUGAUUUAUACACCAGAUUAUUUGAAAACAUGAUCUAUAUAUAUAUAAAAUGAAAAAAAAAUGAUGCACUAAGAAAAAGAUCCUCUAAAAUCAUGACCAGGCUCAGUGAAGUGUGAAAAUGCAUCCUAGUUUUUUAAGAAAUUGAAUGUAUUUCUAACGGAUUCCAGCUGUGUGAUUUCCUCCACAUGCUCCUUUCAUACAGAAUAUUAGCAUUUUAUAAAUUUGUAAUUAUGGCAUUGAAUAAAUACUACUUUCCCAAA